AUGACGUCGGCAGGCCGCGCACGCCCGCACGAAAGCAUUCCGCUGGGCCACGACACCGCCCAGCCCAUCUCUCACCAGGACACGUUUGGGAUCGACGUGCUUGCGCCUGCGUUUGCACUGCCGACCGCCAAUGGCCAACAUGCGCUGUCGCGCGAAGAAGUGCUCAAGGGCCUGGCCAACCGCUUCGUGCACUCGACGACCUACCUCUACCUCUAUGCGACAAUGGCCUUUCUCUCGCUCAUGACCGUGGUCAUGUCCCUGCUAUGGACGUGCCCGGGGCCGGCUUUCUACUUGCUCGAGCUCGUCGUGAACCUCGUGCUGGUCGCCGAGGUCGGUGUGCGCUUCCUCGCGUUUGGCAAGCACUUUUGGAAGUCGACGUUCAACAUUGUCGACCUGUGCCUCGUCGCGCUUUGCCUCCUCACGCUCGUCGUUCUCUCGUUCGGGCACGGGUGCUCGCCGUACUCGCAGCGCAGCGGGCGGGGCGAGGAGCUGAUCGACAGUUUGCUGCUCAUUGCGCGCAACGUCAUCCAGUGCACGCGUCUCUUGAGCGUGAUCCGCCGCUCGGGCUACAAUGUCGCGAGCCGCGUCACGGCGAUCGACCUGAGCGACGCACAGGGAUACAACCUCGACCUCGACCUCGACCUCGAGGAGGAGGGCACGCUCGCGCGCCAGCGCAUGCGCGACGGCGGCAACGAGCGCACACACGGCAUGGGCUGGACGCCUCAUACGCACGCCGCCGAGACGCAGCCUCAUGAUACCAUUAUCGCCGUAGACGACGAGGCCGAAUUGUAG